AUGAGUCGCGUUGAUGGUAGCAGUUGGGUCGAUUUGGAGCCCGACAUCUGGGAUUCCGAACCGACCCUGAAUUUGGAGCGACCGCUUACUGCGAGUUCACCUUCUAAACGACCGCACACUUCGUCGGGCGCCCCUUCACCUCAGAAACGCAUUUCAGAGCAUUCUAUCAUUCACGUCCCCAAGAGAAGGUCGUCCUUGAGCCACCGAGUCACUUAUCUCGCUCCAGGAGAUCCGUCCUUCUCGCGGCCUAACUCGGGCCUCAUCUCUUUUGCACCACUUCCUGACCUCUCCUUUGAUUCAAAUGCUUUUCAACAGUAUUCUCAUCGACGAAAUAUCAGUAGCAUUAGCCGUCAUCCUGACGAUUGCUUCGAGGACGAGGCUGCGGUUGGCCCAGUCGUGUCCACGCAUCGUUUGCCCGUUGAGCGAGAGGUGAACCCUCCAUCCCCACCGCGAAGUGUUGCCGAGGAAGAUCACGUUGCCGAUCUACCCCAGACCCGCGAGUCUGAACUUCACGAGAAGCCGGCACUGCCAAAGAAGGACAUGCCCGGUCUGAUUAAUGUUCAAGCCUGGCUAGAAUCCAGCGGCGAGCUCGCUGUUGCCUCUCCUCUUCGAGUGAAGCAGACUCCACCAUCACCGGGCAUCCGCGUUCCGCCGGAGAUUAUGGAGACGUUGCGCGUCUCAAUCACAAACUUCCCGGAAACAAUGCUAUUGACGUCCAGCUUAACCAUCGAGACCAUUCGCAGCUACUCGAAGAAGCUUAAGCGCUCUUCAUCGAGAGGCAGCAUCGAGGCGCCAUUCUCGAUUCCUUCUGUGCCAACUCCACCAUCACCGACAGCUACCACCAAACGAUGGAAAUUUUCUAAACUGCUUUCUAGCCGCUUCGGCAAUGGAUCGUCGAAGUCCAACUCGCCCGCGCGCGACGACGAUAGCUCCAAUGGCCUUGACUUCGGGUCCACAGCCUCGGCGACCUCAACACCGAACUGGGCUCCAAUUCGCAAUAUCUUCCCCCUUGGUUCAGAUUAUCUGUGCGACGCACUCUAUGCGCAUCUCCUGGCCUACAACUACUUGGCUUCCAUAUGUCCGAUAGAUUGCAGCGGCGCUCGCGAGAAGCACAUCCGCGUGACGAAAGCCGGGCUGGACGACGAUGGCUACCCAGUAGUCGACGAGGAUCCGCGACGCGUCCCUAAGAAGGCCGCUAGCCUCCUCGGCCUCUCCCGCGCCGCAGCUUGCAGCACCACCGAUGUGUUCCAGAUUCCGCGGAAGCCGGUCGGCAAGCAACACAAGCGGCUGUUGAGUCUCGGAGGCGACAAGAAAGGCACUACCGUUGGCCCCGAAUCUACUCUUGCGGAUCUGCGGGACGGACUUGCUAAGUGCAUUGCCAACCUGGUCUCGACGCUCAAGCUCACUGGCGGCGGCGAGCAGGACGCUCCGAUUAUGACGGAUGGCUUGAAGGAUCUCGACCCGCUGUUGCUUCGGUCUCUGUGCGAGGUUGUGCGUUGCUGUGAGGAGUAA